UGGAAGACUGCGGCGUCCUUUUCCUUCCCUGAAACUCGCAGGUCACUCCCAUCCCCUCACCUCCACUCACUCUUUCCUCCGUGUCUCGCAGUGCGAGCUGCAGCUGUUCGGCUUGUGUGUGUGUCUGUCGCAGCAAGCUGGACUCAUGGCCUCGCCCCUGCGUUUCGACGGGCGGGUGGUCCUGGUCACCGGCGCGGGGGGAGGACUGGGCCGAGCCUAUGCCCUGGCUUUUGCAGAAAGAGGUGCAUCCGUUGUUGUGAAUGACUUAGGAGGGGACAUCAAGGGAUUGAGUAAAGGCUCCCUAGCAGCUGCUGAUAAGGUUGUUGAAGAAAUAAGAAGUAAAGGUGGAAAAGCCGUGGCCAACUAUGAUUCGGUGGAAGCAGGAGAGAAGGUUGUGAGGACAGCACUAGAAGCUUUUGGAAGAAUAGAUGUUGUGGUCAACAAUGCCGGAAUUCUGAGGGACAAUUCUUUUGGUAGGAUAAGUGACGAAGACUGGGAUAUAAUCCACAGAGUCCAUUUGCGAGGCUCAUUCCAAGUUACUCGGGCAGCUUGGGAUCAUAUGAAGAAACAGAAGUUUGGAAGGAUUGUUAUGACUGCAUCAGCUUCAGGAAUUUAUGGCAACUUUGGCCAGGCCAAUUAUAGUGCUGCAAAGCUGGGUCUUCUGGGCCUUUCAAAUACCCUUGCAAUUGAAGGCCAGAAAAGCAACAUUCACUGUAACACCAUUGCCCCUGCUGCUGGAUCACGGAUGACCCAAAGCAUUAUGCCUGAAGAUCUCGUGGAAGCUCUGAAGCCAGAUUACGUGGCCCCCCUGGUCCUUUGGCUUUGCCAUGAGAGCUGUGAGGAAAAUGGUAGCUUGUUUGAGGUUGGAGGAGGAUGGAUUGGAAAACUACGCUGGGAGCGGGCCCUUGGAGCCAUUGUGAGACAGAAGAAUCAGCCAAUGACUCCUGAGGCCGUGAAGGCCAACUGGAAGAAGAUCUGUGACUUUGAUAAUGCCAGCAAGCCUCAGAGAAUUCAAGAAUCAAUUGGCAGUAUAAUUGAAGUUCUAAAUAAAAUAGAUUCAGAGAGAGGAGUUUCGACAAAUCCUACGAGUCAUGCAGCAUCAACAGCUACAUCGGAAUUUGCUGGAGCCAUUGGCCAUAAGCUUCCUCCCUUUUCUUCUGCUUACACGGAACUGGAAGCUAUUAUGUAUGCCCUUGGUGUGGGGGCAUCAAUCAAGGAACCGAAAGAUAUGAAAUUUAUAUAUGAAGGAAGCACCGAUUUCUCCUGUUUGCCUACCUUUGGAGUUAUUAUAGCUCAGAAACCUAUAGUAGGUGGAGAAUUAUCAGGGAUUCCUGGGUUUUCAGUCAACUUGGAAAAGGUUCUCCACGGGGAGCAAUACUUGGAGUUAUAUAAACCGCUUCCCAGAGCAGGAAACUUAAAAUGUGAAGCAGUCAUUGCUGAUGUCCUAGAUAAAGGAUCCGGUCUAGUAAUUCUUGUGGAUGUCUAUUCUUACUUUGAGGAGGAACUUGUAUGUUAUAAUCAGUUCUCUAUUUUCGUUGUUGGCUCUGGAGGCAUUGGUGGAAAACGGACGUCAGACAAAGUCAAGGUAGCUUUAGCCGUGCCUAAUAGACCUCCCGAUGCUGUACUUAGAGAUACCACCUCACUUAAUCAGCGUCAUAGUGAAAUUAAUUUUAUUAAGGCCCUAAAAGGACAGAAAAGGCUUGGAGCUCCAGAUCAAGUGGAAGAAAUGCGAUCUAUGGUCAAGGAGAUGAAAGGACACUUGGAUACUCAGGAUGUCAAUGUCGGAAUAACUAGGGCACCUCUUCCAAGCAGUGAACGAUUAAACGCGGGCUUUGAAUCGAGAAAGCACCACAUGAACUUGGAAACUAAAAAUGUUCACAUUUCAGUUGGUUUAUUUUACUCUCCUAUUGUGAAGAAAAAAAACAAACACAUUGCUCUCUUCCUACUUUUGACAGCUGUUGACCUAAAAAGUGGUUCUGGAAAAGUGUAUCAAGGUCCUGCAAAAGGCUCUGCUGACGCAACCUUCACACUUUCAGAUGAAGAUUUCAUGGACGUGGUCCUGGGCAAGCUCGACCCUCAGAAGGCAUUCUUUAAUGGCAGACUGAAGGCCAGAGGGAACAUCAUGCUGAGCCAGAAGCUUCAGAUGAUUCUUAAAGACUAUGCCAAGCUCUGAAGGACACACUACAUUAUGAAUAAGAAUAGAAAAAUUAAAUACUCUCUUCACCCAGAUAUGCAAAACUGAUUAAGCAAAAGUGAUCAAAACUAAGACACAGGGAAGCUGCUUACCAUUUUCAGGUUUUAGAUAACUUCUGAGAUUUUAAUUUUUUACUAAUUUUUCACAUUAUCAUUCUUUUUACAAGAACCUGUAAGCCAGCACAUAAUAUCUUUCUGUUCUUAGAGCUCUAUCUUCAUAAUAAAAAAUUUUCACCCAAGUCUUUAGAAUUGUGAUACCAUUUAUAAGUGGAAAGGAAAAUUAGAUGAGGAAAGGCCACUUUGAAGUCUUUUACACUUUGUUUUGUUAUUUUCUGGUCUCUAACUUACUGAUACCCCAGUUUUAACAUGAAUUGUCACACGUAUUCACUUGUUUUUCAUACUUUGCUGUAACAGUGUCCUGCUUUAAGGGAGGGGAAGGGUCUUUAUGUUCCCAAAUAGUUUUCUUUCUUCUCCCCUCUGUUUUGCUGGAAAUCCUUUAUUUUCAUAUAAUGCCUGUAAAUACCAAACAGUUUUCUUGCUUAAUAAGUAAUUGCGAAUCAUAAAGAUGUGACUAGCAA